AUGCCAGCUGGGACCUCAAAUGCUCCCUCCAUCUCAAGAGGUUAUUUGGCUCAACCCUUGCCUGCCGGAACCUGUGCCGGCAUCACUUCGCUCAUCAUGCAGCGUGGCUACAUCCCCACCUGGAAAACCAAGGUGGUGCAUACGUUUCUGGAGUUUGAAGAGGAAGAGGAGGGAAAGCAGGGCCGUCGCAGUGUCUCCGUGCCGCCGAGAGUGUGCCAGCACCACUCCGAGACGGAGCUGCCGGAGGAGAAGCUGCCCGAGGUGCAGUUGCCGAAUGCGCCUGUGGCUCCGUCACCCCUUAAUCCACAUGCUGCCCCAUUCACCGGCGUCAGCGGUGAGCCGCAAUUCGGCACGGAGUCCGGGGUGUACUUCCCUUUUCAAGAGUACACCGUGGAGGAAUGGCUGUUUUGGAUCUACCACCUGCAAACGAACCGCGUCCUCUUGACGCCAGAGUAUGCAGCUUACAUUUGUGAGGUUGCACGGCUCCUUGGCAUACCAAGCACAGAGCACGAAGAACCGCAAAACGUCCACAUUUACCACAUGGAGAGACCAGGAUCUUACUUGGUCAAAUGGUACGUGGACUCUCGCAAGCUUCGGAGCAACGACAAGCAGGAAAAUCCCGAUGCUAACUUUAAGAAGUCCGACGGAAGAGGCAUGUUCCAGUUGAAGUGCGACACCCCACCCAAAGACCACGGUUGUUUGCCAUGCCGGUUUGGGUUCUCAGUUUCAAACGGGGAGAUGCGCACGGCCUCUGGCCAAUUCACUUUGAGUAACUGUGUGGUGGACUUGCCAACAGAGGAGUCCAC